AAAAUGGUCAAGACUUUUAUUUUCCCUCAGCCAAUUACAAGCUGUCGCAAAGCGAAUUGAGAAAAAUUAAACAACAUUUCUCCACCAUAUCAGAUGUAUUGGGUUUGCAACUUAUGUCUUUUAGCCACGAAGGAACAAAAUAUGGGUGGCUUAGAACAAAAGAUGGGUCUAAAGCAAUGUUAGCUUAUAUUCAAUGGACAUCAUCUUUUGAAAAAGAUAAUGUUGGUUUAAAAUCAUUUAGACGAUUGGGUGCAUAUGCAUUUAUUGACACGUCUGCAAUUGAUCAUUGUGUUGGGUUUAUUGAGAUUGCAAAUUUAUUUUAUAUUGUAGACAAAGAAGUUGACAAUGAACAAUAA